GCUUGCUUGUGUCUUUAUUUGCUUUGUGCUACGCCAUUUGUGGUUUUGCCAGCGGUCUGAGUGCAUCACAAGCUUUCCAAGUCACCGCUGCGCCAACAAGUGCUGAACCUUUGUGCAGUAACGUGCGGCACACCUCAUUAUCAGCAUUACCAUCCCACUGCUCUAUUGAGUGCACUGCAUCGCGUGGUCACCGAACGCGUCUAAAAACCACUUCAGUCGCUGUAUAUUACGUGUGCAGCAACGGCUUGAAACCAUAUUAAAAUUUGUACCACAACUCGCAACCAUGCGCUGCAUCCUCAUCCUCGCCACAACGCAAGCGCUGCAGCCGCCCGCGCCCCGCGCGCUCAGGCAACCGCUGCACGCGACGAGCAACGCCAGCGAGGACCCGCUCCAAACGCUCCAAACGAACGUCGACGCGAUCUGGUCCCUGCCUGGCACCGGGCCCGCGAACGUCCGGUCGCGCAUGACGAGAGAACGCAAGGAAGCGACGCACGCGACGCUCUGGGGCAAAAAGGAGUGGGACCAGCAGAUCGCCUAUAGACACGGCCCGCACCGGCGCUACGCUAGAGUACUUGCCAGAUCGAUCUACUCGCCGCUCAUGCGUGGUUUAGCCCCCACAAUCGCGCUGCUCUCGGUGUGGUCGGUGUUCGUGUUUCAGAAAAAGCUGACGAUCACGGCGAACGGCCUCGGCUUUUUAGCGAGCCCGAUCGGGCUGUUACUCGCGUUUCGCGUGAACUCUUGUGUUUCGCGGUUCCACGCGGCGCGAGAGAUGUGGGGCCGAAUGACGUUUGCGUGUCGCGACGUCGCGUCGACGUUGUCCGCUUGUUCUGAAAUCGAUGCUGCGACGAAGGCGCGGUGCGGCGCGCUAUUGGCGGCCUACGCGUGGUGCGCCAAGGCCGCGUCGACCUUCGAGGAGGCUCCUUCACAAGUAGUGCGGACUUUACUCAAUGAGGAGGAUUCAACGACGGUGUUGAAGGCGCGCAAGCCCGCUCUGGCAUGUCUGUCUCUGGUAAGAAAGGCGACGAUCGCUUUGCCCUUAGGACACCACGUCGAGAAGGAGCUGUAUCAUUCGAUCUCGGACCUCAACUUAUUAUACGGCGGCAUCGAACGACUCAUCUCGACGCCCUUGGCGCCGAUGUACAUGCGCCACUAUCAACGGGGCUUACUAGCUUGGUUGUUUUUACUACCGUGCGGUCUCACGAAGGCCGGCUGCUCGACGGCGCUGAAGUUAGUCUGCGUCGUCGCGUCGGCGGCCUAUUUAUUUCUGGGCAUCGACGAGAUCGGGUUACAAAUAGAACAGCCGUUCUUCGUGAUGCCAGUGCACGCGCUUGCCGAAGGAUUGACUCGUGACGUCGUCGAGGAGUUACAACACUAAGUUUUA